UUCCGUGAGACAGUGACAGCAAGGUCACGUAAACGAAGGUCGAUUUGCUUGUCUGACAAAAACGUGAAGGUCGCAUCACCAAACAUGGAGUCUGACGCGGUGUUCAACGAUCAACAGUUACCCACAUUCAACCCGCGGCAUCGUGUGAUGUCAAGGAAAGACAGUGUCAUGGCUACACCAGGCAAAGAGGGAUCCAGCCUAGCUCCCGGGAGCUGCUCCGGAAAAUGCAUCGGCGUUUUCACCAGCGGAGGGGACUCCCAAGGUAUGAAUGCCGCUGUGCGGGCAGUGGUCCGUAUGGGAUUCUUCCUUGGGACCAAAGUCUACUUCAUCAAAGAGGGCUACCAGGGGAUGGUUGAUGGCAGUGACCAUAUUCAACUGGCAACUUGGGCCAGUGUUUCCGGCAUCAUGCAGCUGGGAGGUACGGUAAUAGGAAGUGCCCGAUGUAAGACAUUCCGUGAGAGGGAGGGCCGUCUUCAGGCAGCAGAGAAUCUUGUCAACUUGAAUAUCACCAACCUGGUUGUGAUUGGAGGUGAUGGCAGUCUCACCGGCGCCAACCUCUUCAGGAAGGAAUGGUCCAGCCUCCUCGCUGAUCUGGUCAAAGAAGGAAAGAUUCCGCAGUCAAGCGCCGACCGUUGUUCCCACCUGAACAUUGCUGGUAUGGUGGGCUCCAUCGACAACGACUUCUGUGGUACUGACAUGACUAUAGGCACUGACACAGCUCUCCACAGGAUCAUCGAGGCUGUGGAUGCCAUCACCACCACUGCCUCUAGUCACCAGAGGGCGUUUGUUCUGGAACUGAUGGGCAGACACUGUGGGUACCUGGCCCUCGUGGCUGCCCUGGCCAGUGAGGCUGACUGGGUGUUCAUCCCUGAGUGGCCCCCAGAAGAUGGAUGGGAGGAUACACUGUGCAACAAGCUCACCACGGAGAGAUCCUUUGGUCAGCGCUUGAACAUCAUCCUGGUUGCAGAGGGAGCUAUAGACAGGCAUGGCAAACCUAUCACAGCUGACAUGGUCAAAAAUCUGCUGUCCACCCGCCUGGGCUAUGACACUCGUGUGACGGUGCUCGGCCACGUACAGAGAGGUGGAAGUCCCUCUGCCUUUGACAGGAUCCUGGGUUCCAGGAUGGGUGCUGAAGCAGUGCUGGCUCUUAUGGAUGCUGACCCCGACACGCCCGCCUGUGUCGUGUCCCUGGAGGGAAACCAGACUGUCAGGGUGCCACUCAUGCAGUGUGUGGAGAGGACCCAGGCUGUUCAGAAGAACAUGAGUGAGAAGAACUGGGAGGAAGCUGUUCGCCUCAGGGGAAAGAGUUUCCAGAACAACCUUAACACCUACCGUAAACUGAGUAAGCUGAGGCCCCCAGCAGCCCUGUGUAACGUGGAGGGGACAGACUGCCAGGGACAUUGGGAUUCUUUCCAGGAUCAUUUUCUACCAGAGUCCGCCAGAAAUCUGGCAGUGAUGAACAUCGGCGCCCCUGCCUGUGGGAUGAAUGCUGCAGUCAGAUCCUUUGUCCGACUGGCCUUGACCCAGGGAUACAAUGUCAAGGGCAUCUAUGACAGUUUUGAUGGACUUGUUGCAAAUGAGGUUCACCACAUUGGCUGGAACCAGGUGCAGGGCUGGGCAGGGAAGGGAGGAUCCCUUCUAGGGACAAAGAAACAAACUACUAUAGAGGUCAGCCUUGGAAGAAUAGCAGAGAAACUUCAGGAACAUAAAAUCGUUGGGUUGUGUAUCAUUGGCGGCUUUGAGGCCUAUCACAGUGCCCUCCAGCUAGCGGAGGCCAGACCCCAGUACCCAUCGAUGUGCAUCCCCAUCGUCGUCAUCCCCUGCACCAUCAGCAACAACGUACCCGGCACCGACUUCAGUCUGGGAGCUGACACCGCCCUCAAUGAAAUCACUGAUAUCUGUGAUAGAAUCAAGCAAUCUGCUACUGGCACUAAGAGGCGUGUGUUUGUUGUGGAGACGAUGGGUGGCUACUGCGGUUACCUAGCAACCAUGAGUGGUCUGGCAGGUGGAGCUGAUGCUGCCUAUAUAUAUGAAGAAAAGUUUUCCAUCAAUGAUUUGAGGAAUGAUGUAAACCAUCUUAAAGAUAAGAUUCUAAAUGCUGGUGUGCAGCGAGGUCUCAUUCUCAGAAAUGAGAGUGCCAACAAUAACUACACCACUGAGUUCAUACACAACUUGUUUGCGGAGGAAGGCAAGGGCGUGUUCACCUGCCGCACCAACGUCUUGGGGCACAUGCAGCAGGGAGGCAGGCCCAGCCCCUUCGACAGGAACUAUGGCACCAAGAUGGCUGCCAAGGCUGUGGACUGGCUCAUCCACAAGGUAGAAGACUCUGUGCAGGAAGACGGUCGCAUUGUGUCGUCCACUCCGGACGGUGUUGUCCUGCUGGGGAUGACCAAGAGGUUCCUCACCUUCUCUCCAGUACAGGAGCUCUCCAGUGAAACCAACUUCGAUAAGAGAAUCCCGAAGGAAGAAUGGUGGAUGAAAGUACGGCCAUUGCUUAGGAUUCUGUCAAAGCACUCAGUGGGCAGCUUUGAGACGGAGGCUGUCACGGCACAGGUGGACGAGGUGGCCGAGAUAUGAGCUUGUGCUGUGUGUAACAGUGUUAGGAUUAUUAGAUGUUCCAGUUCCAGUCAGUCCAUAGCAACAAGAGCUGCCCGCUUCCCUUGCCUGUUGAGCUGCCAAGCUCUCCCACACCUUGGUCUCAGUGUGUUAAAGUGACUCAAAGAGACCAGCUUUUCAUGACUAUGAGAUGAAAGGGUAUUUUCAGAAAGGAUGAUUGAUGGGUCUGCGACUUGUGUUUCAUGUUUUGGUUGUACAAUUUGCCGUACAGUUUUACAUUUGUACCAAAGAAAAGGUAGAUUCAUCAGUUUUGCAGUGUCUAACAUGAGAGAUUGUUCAGUUGUGUAAGUUAGUCAGACUAGAAAGGAACAGAUUUACCUUAGACUUGAGAGGAGAAGGUAUGCAAUGGUAUGAUUCUCCAGCCAAGUUUCAAGGAUGUUUAUUUCUAAAACAUUAUGAUAUGGAAAUAAUAUGUGCUGCAAUCAUAAUGUUAGGAUUUAUACUUUUAGUUUUAUUGUGGAACUGAAAGUUACAUGCUGUAUAACAAGACUAUGAAGAAGCCAUCUUGAUUGAUGUAACAAGACAAGUAAUAUGUCUUGUAGAACAGGUUAAGAAGGUAAACAAAUAGACACUGAAACCAUCACCAAAUACCAAAGUUUGUGAUUCCAAAUAAGUAUUAUGAGGAACAUUAUGUUUUGUUGAUGACAUUGGCAAUUUCCCACCAAGAUUUAUUAAUGUUGCUACUGUCAGUGACAGUAUUUGCCUGUAAAUGGUCUCUCUUAGUGGUCUCUCUCGUUAAGCCAGUUCUUUGUCUCCAUUGCUGUUACAUGACUUGCAAGAAGCAGCAGUAAAUAAUACGCAUUUCAUCCACCUUUCUGUAUAAAGUUGUUUGUUGGAAUUAAAUCAGAUGACAGGAGGCCCAUCAAGUGGAGGUGUAUAAUUUGAUGUCAAGUUAAUGUUUACCUACUGAGAUUCCGUGUUGUUGGUGCAGAACAAUGGAUACCAUGCAUUUAUGUAACUCUACGUUUUGACUAUACAUUUAUAUCACUGAGUGUUUGAUUUUUCAAGUAAUUACCAGUUGUCCUGGUAAAUGACAGUUUCUGGUUUUCCUUAUUGUAUUUUUGUGUUAGUUAAUUGAGGUGUCUCGGUUCUUCCAGGGGUGUGGAUAUUAGUCCAGAUUUUCUUGUUUUCUUCACUGUCUGUAUUCAGAGAGACUUGGCUCACAUGCAUUAUAUCCUACUCCUCUUUGAAGGGAUAUGUUAUCAAUCCAUUAUACACAAAACUAAUUCUCAAGAAUGUCAAGUGUAUAUUUAAAUGGAAUGACAUUUCUGAUUAUCCCUAUCAAGAGUGUGUAGUAUAUCUCAAUCUAUCUGCCAUGUGUUUUAAGCUUGUGAUAUAAGCCGCUGUCUGUUGAAACAAUAGCUGCAACGAUUGCAAGAAACAUUAACAAGCAUGCGUUUUGUGGUUCAAUAUGAAUAAACAUUUAAAUUAGAUACCAAGACAUUUUUGCAAAAAUUGAAAAUUAAAUUAAAACUGCAAAAGAUGAAGAAAGACAUAAGUUCAGUAAUGGUAAGAAACAUUGACAUAUCCUUUAAGCUUAUUUUACACUUUGUCAUUCAAGAAUCAAUAAAAAUAUUUAUUAUAUGCUGCUACUACUCAUUUAUUUCUACUGAUUGUAACAGCGUCUUAGUCGUGUCUUCAAUACCGAGUAUAUUUAUUUUAUUUACAUUAUAUUUUGUUUAUUGAAUGUCAGUGUUCUCUAGAUGAUCUGCCUUUAUGAUAUACAUAUUGAUAAAUGUGUAAAUGUUUGCAGUUGUGUGUUUAUGUGCUAAUAUAUUCCACUUUAUCUGUCUCUUCCUUUUUAGUUGGUUAAUCAGGAUAUAUACUACUUAAAAGAAGUUAAAGAACACUUGAUUCUUUUAUAUUAUUGUAGUUAAUCUGACAUGACGUGACAGAUUAACUAUAGUAAUAUUAAAGAAUUGGGUGGUGCUUAACUUCUUUUGAGUAGUAUAUGUGUAUAUGUUCUUGGUCCACUAUAAAUCACUGUCCAUCCAGCUUGUGAACUUGUACGAAACACAACCAACAGAGACGUCAGGUGCAGUGUCCGAAAUAACUGAAAUUACUUAUUCAGUUUUACCAUAACUCCUUGUAGAUUCUCAAGUAAUUGUUUGCAUUAUUUCAGCUGAAUCAAGACACGAUUUGUCUCUUAGUUUUCAGUGUUUAUAAUGUCUGAAUGCGGCCAGGUAACUUUGAAGAUGGGCAGGCAACAUUAAUUGGUCAUCUGCCCGACUGUCUCGUUGGGUUUUAAGAUUGUUUCAAGCACUGAUUCAGGUGUUCGUGCUAACAUCCGACCAUGACCACAGUGACAGCUUAUCAGUAUUCAAACCAUCAAAACUUACAGUGACAACAGUGAUUGUUCACUUCAACGACAUCAAUUGCAACCUUAUUACAAACUUAUAAAGCAGAUCUUCUUUUCACUUACAUUUGUGAUACAGUGUUCUGAUAACCAGUUCUAAAUCUGCAUAAUGGGUGCAUAGUUUCCUCAUUAUUAUUAUUAUUAUUAUUAUUUAUGAGUGAAAAUGUAAUCAGUGUGAUUUAUUUUGUAUGUUUGUACAUUUCUUUUUAAGAAACAAUUAGAUUUAAUUUGUAAUCUCUAUUUAGUCAUUUCUCCAUCCACCCCUAGUCCAUGCUCAGUGUUAGAACACAGAUCUGCACACAGGUUUUAACUACAUACUUUGCCAGUGUCCUUUCUGUAUUUUACAUGUGUUGUUGAAUUGAUCCUCAACUAAAAUAAAUGAAAAAUGUGACAUAUU